AUGAACAGGAGCUUGGUCAGACUAUUCAAUAACGGAAAACAACUUCCAGUCCCCCAUACGCUUCAAUUCUUCUCGGCAACUCGUAAAAGUGCCACAUUUGCCCACCAGGAAACGCUUGUUGACAGGCUUCUGCGCAAUAACGCGACCAGAGCAAGCGAUCCGAAGUAUCCGAGCCAAUUCAAACGCGGGCGAAAGCAUCGGCAAUCAGCUCCCCUUCAAAGCAGCUUCUCCCAUUCGAUCGUUGUUCUCGCCGUUGUUGCUUCGACCGCGGCUAUAUACUGGACUAUCUGUCUGAGCAGAACUGGUCCUGUAGAAAUUGCUUCCGACCUCUCGCUUUCCACCAUGGCAACCACUCAAGCCCCUCCUGGUCACUUCGGUAAUCUUUCCGCUGAGCAAGAGAGAAAGCUGCAGGAAUUCUGGCAGGCUGUUGCCGGUGUAUCUGGCUGGUCUGAACGUGGAACUGGUAUUGCACAAGAUGCUGUGAAGAAAGCUGCCGCGCCGGAAUCAGAGCCUCAGCCGAGCAGUGGAGGAUGGGGCUUCAGCAUGUUCCGAAAAAAUGACAAUGCGGAGUCUUCUGGCAAAUCCACUGUCGAUGAGGACAAGUUUGGCCUAAAUAAACAAUUCAGCGAGGUUCUGGCCAAACAAUCGGCAGAAACCAUUCGAGAUUCCAUCUGGGAGAUGACGAAGCACGAUCAUCCAGACGUUCUUGCACUACGUUUCCUUCGCGCACGCAAAUGGGACGUCCAGCAAGCUCUUGUCAUGUUUGUUACAGCUGUAAACUGGAGGAAGAAUGAAAUGAAGGUGGAUGAUGACAUCAUGAGAAACGGUGAGGCUGGCGCUUUACAUGAUGAGCGGGAUGGCAGUGGCGGAGCGAAGCAGGUCGGUGCGGACUUCCUCGCGCAACUUCGCAUGGGAAAGAGCUUUCUCCACGGUGCAGAUAAGGAAGGUCGACCGGUUUGCGUUGUUCGUGUUCGCCUGCACCACGGCGGCGAGCAGAGUGCCGAGAGCAUUGAGAAAUACACAGUCCAUGUUAUCGAGACUGCGCGUCUGCUCCUGAACCCACCAGUUGAGACGGCAACAAUCAUUUUCGACAUGACUAGCUUCACCUUGUCUAAUAUGGACUAUGCCCCUGUUAAGUUCAUGAUCAAGUGCUUCGAGGCGAACUACCCCGAGUCCCUUGGUGCAGUGCUUAUCCAGAAUGCACCUUGGCUCUUCCAAGGGAUCUGGCGCGUCAUCAAGCCUUGGUUGGAUCCGGUAGUCGCAGCCAAGGUCCACUUCACCAACGGCAGAAGUGGCCUGGAAGAGUUCAUCGCACCAAGUCAGACCCCAAAGGAGCUUGGUGGCGACGAGGACUGGGAAUACAAAUAUAUUGAGCCUGCGGAAAACGAGAAUGCCGCCAUGCAGGACACUGCCACUAGAGACAAGAUCCUAGGGGAGAGAUCUGCGCUCGUGAAAGAAUUCGAGGAGGCUACCAAGUCUUGGCUCCGCGAGAGCGACAAAGAGAGCGGUCAAGAAGCUCGUAAAACCCGUGAUUCCAUCGCAACUCAGCUGAAAGACAACUAUUGGAAGCUGGAUCCCUAUAUCCGCGCCAGAUCACUUUAUGACCGCCAGGGUGUCAUUGGCACUAAUGGAGUCAUCAACUUCUACCCAGGUACAACAGCUGCGGAGAAUUAA